ACUUUUGUCAAACCCAUGAAAACUGUCAGAACGAAAAUAACAAUAAAAGCAUCGCGAUCGAUGAAAACAAAUUUUUGUUUUCAAUUCGGACAUGAACCAAUUUGCAGUAUACGAUCCGUUAGACAGUGAAGAUCAUAAAUUCGGCGAAAUUUAUUGCAAUUACGAGGGAAAGUUAACAUUCACCUGUGUAUUCUGUCCGAUCAGAUUCAAGGAUGCGGCAGAAUUCAGUAUUCAUUACAUUGUUCAUGUUAAGGAAGUGUUUGAAAUUAAAACGGAAACUGAGGCGUGUGUCUUUGAGCCGAACGUUGAAAUCGAUGAACCGCAAUUCCAAUCAACGGAAAUUAAAAGCGAACCAUCUAACGAUGCGAUUGAUGGUGACAGCAAAGUGAUAACGACAUUGGACUUUGAAAAAGUUCAACCGGAAAAUGUUCACGACCGGAGUGCAAAACCGGCAAGAACUUCGUCUAAGACGAAUGCGAAAGAAAGUGAUAAGAAAUUUGGCCAGCCACAUCGCUGCAGCGUUUGUUCGCAGGAAUUCAUAUUAAAAUCGGCUCUGGAUCGACAUACCGAAAGUCAUGGCAUUGGCCUUUUUCCAUCCCGAUUCGAAUGUGAUAUUUGCGGUUCGAAGGUGAAACUGAAAAAAGAUCUGCGGACGCAUAUGAGGCGGAAACAUAUCGAAGAUAAAAUUCCUUGUACAAUUUGUGGGAAAGUAUUUUGCCGGAAGAACUACUUGAGCGAACACAUGAAAACGCACGUCAAACCGGAAAAUCGGCCUUUCAAAUGCGAAAUUUGCCAUAAAGGUUUUGUGACGGCUAAAGAUGUCGAGGCGCACAUGAAGAGACACGAUCCGGCUGUACAUUUGAAUCAUGUCAAAAAGGAGAGUGAUAAAAAAUUCGAAAAUCCGGCCCGAUGUCACAUAUGCAGCCAGCAGUUUAUUGUGAAAAAAGCACUGGAUCGACACAUUGAAAGUCAUGGUAUCGGAAUCAUUCCGCUGAUAUAUGAGUGUGACAUUUGCAAUGCAAAAAUAAAACAGAAAAAGGAUUUGAGGACUCACAUGCAACGGCUGCAUAGCGGCCAUAAGGCAACCUGCGGAAUAUGUGGAAAACAAUUCGCUCGGUCGAACUAUCUCUACGCACACAUUCGAAUACACGAAAAUUACAGACCUCAUCAAUGUUUCAUUUGCGGAAAAACAUUCGUUAUGGCCGGUGAUCUAACGUCUCACAUGCGAAAACACACAAAAACAGAACCAACGAUUCCGUGCACCAUUUGUUGGAAAAUGUUCGAACGGCCCGGGCAGCUUUCCGAACAUAUGCGUCUUCACACCAAUGAAAGACCAUUUGAGUGUAAAGUUUGUGGUUCUCGAUUUCGCACGAAAGGAUACUUUAACAUUCACAAAACUACCCACUGGAUUGGAAGAAACUUCUCUUGUGAGCUGUGCGGUGUUACGUUCAAAAAUCCCACCGGCGUUCGGACGCACAUGUUCAAAGUACAUGGGAAAAAUGCGGCCACAAUCAGGCGACAAAAAAAGAAAAACGAAACGUGAAAUUGUUCGGUUUUGUUUAGAGAUGAAUUCAGAGAAAUAAAAUAAGAAAAAUGAAACAGAAAAUUCUGUAAAAUAAAA